AUGGCGUCGCAGGGCCUGUUCGAAGUUGUUUCUCAACGUCUUCGCCGGCCGGCGGAACAAAGGGACGUAGAAGAAUACCUCGACGGGUCCACGGGGGGCGACUUCCGCGUGCCGGCUUCGCAGCUUCGAUCGGCAUGGACGGAGGCACGUACGGCAUCUCGCCGCCUGGAUGUCCUGUGGCAGUUGGACCCUGAGGGCGUUCGGAUAACCUGCAGCGACAAAACUCUUACCUCCUCCCACCGCAGGAAGGUUAUCCGGACGCUGCGCGCCAUUCAAUCAACGGCCAGGGACAACGCCCGCCACAACAAACCAAACCAGGGAAACGUAAUGCAGUGCAAGGCCGCGGAUCCCGCCAGUUCGCAUUUCAUGCAUACCGGGUCCUUCACCCGGUUUGCUGACUGGCGGUUUAUCCACGAAGCAAGACUCAAUCUGCUACCUCUUAAUGGAGCCAGCCCAUGGCUUACUGGACGAGACCAACGCUGCAGGGUAUGCGGCUAUGCAAAGGAGUCUCUGCCCCACGUGCUUUGUGAUUGCAUGGCGCGUAGCGCCAUGUACACGGCCCGGCAUAACAUCGUCGCCCGGCUACGCACUGCUAGCCGUAACCGGUUCGCAAUCGCGUCCGAGAAUCGUACGGUUGGCAACACUAACCUACGCCCAGAUGUCGUCCUGGUACGCGGCGAGGAAGCCAUCAUCCUUGAUGUUUGCUGUCCUUUUGACAACCGCCUCGAGGCCUUCGCCGCUGCCCGUGCCACUAAGAUUGCCAAGUACGAACCUGUGCGGGUACAUCUCGCACAGCGCUAUCAACGCGUGACUGUUGACGCAAUUGUCAUCGGCGCUCUUGGCUCCUGGGAUCCCUGCAAUGACGCUGUCAUGCGACGACUAUGCUCACGUUCCUACCUCCGGUUGUUUAAGAAGCUGGCUGUCAGUGAUGUGAUUAGUGCGUCAUGA